AUGUAAGAAUUAUCACUUAAUAAAAUAUAAGAAGAAAUUCCCUAAAUCAGAUAUCGAAGGCCAAAUUAUUAAAUUCCUAUUCUAAACAGGAUUUAAAAUGAGAUCAAAUCAAUUCAUUUUCCAAACAAAACAAUAGUCCAAAAUAAAUCCAACGAACAUAAAUAAAUUAAACCUUUGAAAUUGCUACCCUAUACUCCAAUAUCAAUCCAAUAACAAAGAUCUAUUCCUUAUAAAUACUCCAAAAAAAUCAAUUCAAAAAAAACUAGUGAGUUAGAUCACCUGGAUUUUGAAAGCUCCUCUAGAUAAUUACAAUUGUUUUUGGAAUAGGAAAAAAACUAAUUGAAAUCAGAGAAAUACAUAUAAUCAUUGCUUGAGUGCGUAAAAAUGCCCUCAAUCAAUACAGAUAUCAAUAGGGAUAAUAAAUAAACAAUUGAUAGUUUAAUCCAGUCUCAAAUUGGGUCUAGUGUAAGAGUAAAUAGCUUGAAACCUAAACUAUUUAAUAGGAAAAGAUCAAAGUCAUAUGAGAUCUUCGAUAAGAACUCUUACUACUAUUUUGAUUCUCUCGACUUGUAAAAAUAUUAAAUCAUUUGA